UCUGACAUGUAGUUUUAACUAUGAGACAUUAUAUAGACAAGUGUGCCUCAUUUUAGAUCUUGUUCUAAUAAUGAACUCAGCAGAGGUGAACUCUUAAUACACUUGUUGAGGAUGAUCGAUCGGUGGAAACAGGAUGCACCUGAUUUUCUGUGACAUGACCACGGCUGAAGGGCUGGGCCAAACGGUAGGUGGUGCAGAAGAGAAGCCUGGAAGUGGGAUUUCCAAAUCUUUGGCUUUCUGACUCUUCACUGGACAAGCAUGGAGAAGCAAUACAUCCCAAAUAUAAACUUAGGCGUUACAGCAGUAGCAUCUCAAGGCUUUUCUCACUGAAUAAAGAUCCACGGAACAAAGCAGCACUCCAAUCAGAUGACUCAAAAGAGGAGAAAAAAAAACCCUUCUUAAUCUCCCGAUCCCACGUUCAACAACUGGAACGAUGCGCCUCGUCCGAGGCAAAGGUCAAAGUUGAUUUCGAGACAUGGAGGUCCUUCUGUUUUUCAUCACAAACUUACUGGCAGAUGAAACUUGAUGUCAAUAUGGGGUCAAAUAUCCCAUAAAUGUUUUACUAGCUUGACUUCUGUCAGCAUGUCAAUACAGCAUAGAUGACUUUCCCUUCAAAGAGAGAAAACUGGGAACUGGUUUGGUGUCAUGAUGUAGCUGCUGGAUGUGACUUACAUGUGGCUUUUGAUCUAAAACAGGUUGACCAAAAUCAGUAUGGAAGGGAGGUCAUCUGCUUUGAUUUGGAUAUAUAAUAACACUACGGAGGAACUGAACACUUCAUUCAGAAACAGCACAACAAGUGAAAACUAUGAAAAAUACCAGUUUUACAUGAUUGGCCUCUUCUUAUCCUGCCUGUACACUAUCCUUCUCUUUCCAAUUGGAUUUAUUGGAAACAUCCUGAUUUUGGUGGUAAACCUGACCCACAGAGAGAAGAUGACCAUUCCUGAUCUCUACUUUGUGAAUUUGGCUGUGGCUGACCUCAUCCUGGUGGCAGAUUCCCUCAUUGAGGUUUUUAACCUAAAUGAAAAAUACUACGACUACGCCAUCCUCUGCACCUUCAUGUCCCUCUUCCUCCAGAUCAACAUGUACAGCAGUAUCUUCUUCCUAACUUGGAUGAGCUUUGACAGAUACAUCGCCUUGGCCAGCUCCAUGAGCAGCUGCCCAUUGAGAACUAUGCAGCAUGCCAAGGUGAGCUGUGGUCUCAUCUGGAUGGCCUCCAUCUUUGCCACCCUUCUACCUUUCACAAUAGUACAGACUCAACACAGGGGUGAGGUGCAUUUUUGCUUCGCCAAUGUCUUUGAGAUCCAGUGGCUGGAGGUGACCAUUGGCUUUUUGCUCCCCUUCUCCAUUAUCGGUCUAUGCUACUCCCUGAUUGUUCGAAUCCUCAUGAGAGCCCAGAAGCACCGUGGGUUGUGGCCCCGGCGGCAGAAAGCUCUGCGGAUGAUUGUGGUGGUGGUUCUGGUGUUCUUCAUCUGCUGGUUACCAGAAAAUGUCUUCAUUAGCAUCCAGCUGCUGCAGGGAACAGCCAACCCAUCGAAGAGGACUGCUACCACCCUGUGGCACGACUACCCGCUCACAGGUCACAUUGUUAACCUGGCGGCAUUCUCCAACAGUUGCCUCAACCCCAUUAUCUACAGCUUUCUCGGAGAAACCUUCAGGGACAAGUUGCGUCUCUUUGUCAAGCAGAAGGCCGGUUGGUCAGUAGUGAAUCGCUUUUGCCACCACAGCCUUGAUUUACACCUCUCUGUCAGGGACAAAGUUUCAGAAGUGUGAUUGAAAUAACUAGGACAGUUUUUAAAUAAACUUAUUCUAUAAAAUUUUUCAUAUUCCAGUCAGAUAGUUAUUCUCUUUUAGAGUUACUCAGCUUCAUCCGGUUGCGCCUUAGAUAAUUUGCUUGCUUUAUGAACAAAAAAAAACCCUCUCGAGUAGUAAUAAAAAGACGAGUUUGUGUGUGUUCUUAAGAAGAUAAACUAUGAGUGUGUUGAAGUGUUUCUUUUUGACUUAAAGUUGUUUUCCUUUCAAGAAUUGCUGUGGCAAAGAUAAAGGGAACUGAUAUCUAACAACAAAGAGGGAAGCGUUUGCUCAGGAUAAGUAAAAAUAAGGUGUUGUAUGUUGCUAUCCAACAUACAAACCUCCCUGAACAUUUCCUGUACCAUCACCUGUAAGAAAUCAGAGGCUCUUUCAAGGCCGUCUCAUAGAGGAAAUGUUCCAUCACACUGAAUCUAAUCAGGUUAUCUAUUUGAGCUACUGGAGCUGGAAGGGUCAUUUCAAUUACCAAAACCACAUUUCCCUUCCAGUAUAUAAAGUAAAAAUGGCCUUUAGCAAGAAGCUUACACAUGUGUACCAUGAAUCCGUGAAUUAUGAGUAUGCAGCCUUACAAGCGCAGAACAGUCAAAGACACAGCAAAUAUAAUCUGUAUUGUCUAUGCGUCUGUCUUAUACAAUAUUCUAACUCUGUUUUGUUGAGCAGAAUAUCAUCAUAUAGUCAAACUUUGCCUAGAUUAUUCCAAAUAAACGUUCACAUCCCUGACUUGUUCCCACUUUUCGAGAAAUAUCUGCCUAAACACCUUAAAACAAUGUUUUGUAUGCUCUGUUGGUUAUCACCUUUAUUUUAUUACUAUUUAUAGAAAAUUUUAAUCACUGUCACGUUUUGAGAUGACGUAACCCUUGAUGACCUUAAUAAAUUUUGACCGCAUUGUUUUCUUGUUCUGUGAUCUUAAAUUAAAAACAAAUGUUUAAACAUAUUGUAAAAAAUUCUAACAUUAUUGCAAGUGAAUAAAAAGCUGGCUGUUGAUCUGUUUUGUCAGAUCUUGUUAAGUUGAGGGUGGUGAGAAGAGGCAGGUGAUGUUUGGCAUGGAGAAAUAAAGACUGAAAAAGCAUAUUUGUCAGUGUUCAAACAUAGCU